CGAGCUCCGCCGCCACCACCUCGCCUCGCGCCCGGCGCCUCCCCUUGCUCCUGGCCGCCUCUCCCCGUCGCUCGCCUGCCCGCACCUCCACCUCGCCGGCCCGCGCGCCUUCCUUCCCCGAGCGCCGCCUCCCUUGCUCCUCUGCCUGCUGCACCCCGCCGGCGAGAAGCACCCCUCGCUGCCGACCUCCAGCGCCCCAGAACCCCUAUGCGCCGGCGCCACCUCCACGCGCGCGCCACGCCGCCUCUCCCCGUCGCCGCGCCUGCUGCCUUGAGGCGCUCUGCCCGCGACCAGCCCCUCCCUGUCCUGCUGCCCGUGUGCUGCUCUGCUUGCUCGUGGCCAAGCCCAAGCCGAGCCCCCUUCUGGCCGUCUCCAAGCCCAACCGCUGUGCUGCUGAUCGCUUGUCGCUCCGUGUCGAGUCGCCUCGCUGUUGCGUCCACGCGUGUUGCUGCUGCCGCACUUGGUCGACACCGUGGAGACCAACACCGCCUUGAACCACUUGCCGUGAACCACUACUUCGCCUACGACGGCUACAUUGUUUACAACUACUUCGUCUACGUUGGCUACUUUCUCUACAUCGCGACAUCGCACGUGUCCAAGUCUUCGGUUCCUACGACGACGACUACACUUGUGUUCUUCUUUCAGGAUUCUUGCUCAAUUCCGGGCAAUUGAGUACUCUAGGCAAGCAGUUAUUCCUUGACCAUGUUGAUUCUACAUAUUGCUUCUCCCUCAAUCUUUCAUUAAGUUACGAUCUCAGUCUUGUCACGAUGCCUCUAGGUUGCAUAGCUUAUUAGUCAGCGCUACUUAUUGCCCUAUGUCUUGUUACUUGUCCUAUUACCAUGUCACAUGUUUGUUGUUGUCCUAGUUGGUCAUUAGAUGUCAUGCUUAGUUGCGAGUCUACUGUCCUUAUAUCUGGGGUUCCACAAUUGCUACAUCCACAUGCUACUUUAUGUUUUAAUUACAUUCUUAAAACUGUGAUAUGAUAUUAAACUGUAACAAGGCAACGAUAGGAGGCCGUGCUCUAACGCAUUGGUGAUUUGUUCCAUUUGCGUCGACCUAAGGACUAAGUUCUCGUUUUCGCCGAUCCAAGAAACUUCGCGCUAACCGCUCGUGGGAGAAUAUAUGGGUUCCCUCUCGACUUAGUACUUGAUCCUCAGCUCUUCCAGGGGCCACAUAGUUCGGACGUUCCAUUUGACAUUUGCAUUGCAUGCACACAGAGAUUCGUGGAGACUUGUUGGUGACUUUGCAUUCA